ACUGAACUGUUUAGUCACUGGAGUAGUCACACGUGUUGACACUUCACAAAUACAAUCACACAUUCAAGAGUUUUUUUUUGGUAAAAUUGGUCUAUUCCUACAAUAUGGCGCAGAUUUUGAAAGGAUCCCAAAUUGCGAAGGAUAUACGUGGUAAAUUAAAGUUGAUAGUAGACGAAACAAGAGAAUCAUAUCCAGAUUUCAAUCCUUGCCUAGCAAUAGUACAGAUUGGUGAUCGGGCAGAUUCUACCUCAUACAUCAGAGCAAAGUCUAAGGCUGCAAGCGAGAUUGGUAUGGUUGCUAGACAUGUGAAAUUAUCUAAUAUAACUACAGAACAAGAGGUUUUAAAAACAGUUGAUGAGCUAAAUAAUGAUCCCAAUGUGCAUGGAAUCAUUGUUCAACUUCCUCCAGAUUCCAGUGAACCCAUUGAUCCAUCUGUUUGUACCAAUGCUGUUGCUCCAGAGAAAGAUGUGGAUGGCCUGAAUGAUGUUAAUGCAGGUCGAUUGGCUCGAGGGCAAAUCAAUGACUGCAUCAUUCCUUGCACACCUCGUGGAUGUUUCGAACUCAUCAAAAGAACAGGUAUUGAAGUGCAGGGAAAGAAGGCGAUAGUUCUUGGACGAAGUAAAAUUGUUGGUGCACCAAUGUCAAAUGUACUAACGUGGAACAAUGCUACCGUUACCGUUUGUCAUUCAAGAACCAAGGAUUUGCCUGAUGUUGUCAGGGAAGGCGAAAUUGUCGUUGUUGCUAUAGGAAAGCCGCAUUUUGUUAAAGCGGAAUGGCUGAAAGAAGGUGCUAUCGUAAUUGACUGCGGCAUCAACGCUAUUCCAGAUUCAAGUAAGAAAAGCGGACAUCGUUUGAUUGGAGAUGUUGACUACAUAGAAGCAGCCAAACGAGCGAGCUGGAUCACGCCUGUUCCUGGAGGCGUGGGUCCAAUGACGGUGGCAAUGUUAAUGCAGAAUACCGUUGAAAGUGCUAGAAAAAUUAUCAUGAAGGAAAAGACUGGUUUAUGGGAAAUAAAGUUUUUGCCUCUCAAAACAGUGCGACCUGUUCCAAGUGACAUUGAAAUAUCGAAAGCUCAGUAUCCAAAAAGCAUUGAAAAGUUGGCGAGUGAAAUUGGUAUUCAAAGUCACGAGUUGGAGUUUUAUGGCAAGAUGAAAUGUAAAGUUUCUCUGAGAGUUUUGGAUCGUUUGAAAAGCAAAAGCGGAGGAAAAUAUGUCGUCGUGGCAGGGAUAACACCGACGCCUUUAGGAGAAGGGAAAAGUACAACAACGAUCGGAAUUUCCCAAGCAAUGUCCGCUCACUUGAAGAAAAAUACGUUCGCUUGCAUACGCCAGCCAUCUCAAGGACCAAUAUUCGGCAUUAAAGGCGGAGCUGCGGGUGGAGGAUAUUCGCAGGUCAUCCCCAUGGAAGAGUUCAAUCUUCAUCUUACCGGAGAUAUACACGCCAUCACAGCAGCCAAUAAUCUCAUUGCUGCUGCAAUUGACGCACGGAUUUUUCACGAAUCCACUCAAACCAACGAGGCUCUAUUCAACCGACUCGUUCCUCUUACGGAUGGGAAAAGACAAUUCACCGAUGUAAUGCUAAAGAGGUUGAAGAAACUUGGAAUCGAUAAGACAGAACCCGAUGAUCUCACUCCAGAGGAAUCUGGAAUGUUUGUAAGACUCGACAUUGAUCCUGAUAGCAUCACGUGGCAAAGAGUCGUGGACACGAAUGACAGAUUUUUGAGGCAAAUUACAAUUGGCCAGUCUCCCACGGAAAAGGGUCACGUGAGAGUAUGUCAAUUUGAUAUAUCUGUUGCCAGUGAAAUUAUGGCAAUUUUGGCACUUGCUAACAAUCUUGAGGAUAUGAAAGAACGUUUUGGAAAGAUGGUCGUUGCAUGUAACAAAAAUGGUGACGCUGUAACCGCUGAUGAUUUGGGAGUGACAGGUGCCGUAACUGUUCUCAUGAAGGACACCAUUAAGCCAAACUUGAUGCAAACUUUGGAGGGUUCACCUGUUUUCGUACACGCUGGUCCUUUUGCCAACAUUGCCCAUGGUAAUUCGUCCAUCAUUGCCGACAGAAUAGCGUUGAAGCUCGUUGGAAAAGAUGGCUUUGUUUUCACCGAAGCUGGUUUUGGUGCCGACAUUGGAAUGGAAAAAUUCUUCAAUAUAAAAUGUCGAUAUAGCGGUCUUGUUCCGAACUGCGUUGUGCUUGUUGCAACCGUUCGAGCCAUAAAAAUGCAUGGCGGUGGUCCUAAGGUUGUCGCAGGUCGGCCUCUGUCCGAAGUAUACAUUCACGAGGAUUUAGAUUUGAUCAGGAGUGGAUUUUCAAAUCUUGCUAAGCAGAUUGAGAACGCCUUGUUCUUUGGCGUUCCUGUCGUGGUGGCAGUUAACCGUUUUAAAUCAGAUACGGAUGCAGAAGUCGAUUUACUUGUGCAACUUUGCAAAGAGGCUGGCGCUUUUAAUGCCGUGGAAUCAACUCACUGGGCUGACGGAGGUUCUGGAGCUAUGAAACUAGCAGAGGCCGUGAUUCAAGCCACGCAACAGCCAACUGACUUCAAGUUUCUAUGACCUGGAUCUUCCCAUUGAAAAGAAGAUUGAAACGAUCGCUCGGAGUAUUUACGGCGCUGACGGCGUUGAGUUUUCCGAAGAAGCUCAAAAAAGAGUGAAUCUGUUUCGGCGUCAAGGAUUCAACGACCUCCCCAUCUGUAUGGCGAAGACACAUCUUUCCUUGUCUCACAAUCCUGAACUGAAGGGCGCCCCAAAAGGUUUCAUACUACCUAUCCGUGAUGUGCGUGCGAGUGUUGGCGCUGGUUUUCUGUUUCCUUUGGUGGGCACGAUGAGCACCAUGCCCGGGUUGCCGACGAGACCUUGCUUUUACGAUGUCGAUUUAAAUACGGAGACCGAAGAAGUUCUUGGUUUGUUCUAGCUAUCAAAUGCCGCAUCCAUAUGCCCGGUCGCGUGUUAUUUUUGUACCCAAAAGCACUGGUACUUAAGGGCUAUUCACUGUUACAUUAUAUUUCCGAACUUUUUGUCAACUUAACGUACAUUUCUUUAAACGUAUAUGUCCGAGAAUGAUAAAGGUAUUAUGUAUUGUAGAUGUAAUUGCUGACUCAGCUUUAUUAUCCAGUUUUGUUUGUAUUGCACGAAAUAGUAAUAAACUUAUUUAAGCCGUAGCAGGAGGAGUGCAAUUACAUGCAUGCUCGUCACGCUUUAUGUACUCCAGCCUGUUGCCGACAUUAAUUUGAAUAUACUCGUCGUCAAUUGCUUUGGAUAUAUUUCACUUGUGCUGAACGAUGCCUGGAGUGUUCUUCUAGCUUUUCUUACGCUAACGAAAAUUCAUCUUAUUUGCCUGCUUGCAUUGGAGAUUUUUCCCGCCGAAAUGGAAAGAGUUGAGGACAGCAACGAUAUGCCUAUUCCCGAGACCGAAUUUCGAGAAGGAUGUAAACUAUUGAAUUCAAUGGCAGAUGCAUCGAAUAUUGGAACAGAAUUGAUGGAAAUGGAGUAUUUACCUUUAGUCAUACAAGGUAUACAGCAAUCGUCAUCAUAUGACGUCAUAAACGAAAAUUCGCGUGAAACGAUGAAGGAGAACUGGUCAGAGCCGCCACCUUUUUUGUAUAUUUUGACUUGUAUUGUGCAACUCAACCCGUUUUCUCUGAACUUCAACGUACAAAACCCGUCGGAAUUGCUUCACUCGACAAGCGUAGACUACCAAAGCGACUUUAGAUAAGUUUCUUUAACAAAUAAAUUUCGCGAUAAGCGAACGUAGUUUGACAAAUUAUUGAGCGCAAUAAAAUUUACUUUGAAAUUAAAAA